UUGCCCACAUCGAUGAGUGAUCAGCCAGGCGAUGGCGACGUGCGCCUCCGGCUCAAGGUGCGCCAGUGCGUCUACGGCAUCGCCAUGGUGUACAUCGUCCUGGCCAUUGGGUUGAUCAUCUUGCCGGGCCUGUUCAAGCGAUAUUCCCUGGUGCCGGAUGUGGUGGCCACCUAUUGCUUCUUUGUCAUCGGAUUGGCCAGCCUGUGCACCUAUGUCAACGUGACUUGGCUGCGCCGGAAGUUCCCAUUCAACUGGAUAGUCAGCUGCUGCAGCGCAGCCUGCCUGGCACUGGGCACGGUGUCCAUCCUUUCAAGUCAGCGGGCGGCACACGUCCUGCUCGUGAGCCUGGAGAUUCUCGUCAUGAUGGCGCUGCUCCUGCUGGUCGGCUCUUUUCUGCUGGCCGAUUGCCCCACAAUAGCCUACCUGUUCCUCACCUGGUUCAUAUUCGUUGUGUUCUCCUGCGUCCUAAUGGCCGCCGUUUGUGUCCACGUGCCUGAUCUGAUUUACUCCUAUGAAGUAGCCACUCACUUUGUGCUCUGGCAAGUUAUGUGCCCCCUGAUUGUGUUCCAGGCGCAGGUCAUCUCCGGCUAUUGGGAGAACCUGCCGCCGAUCCUGGACAUGCCACUCUGCUCCACGAUGCUCCUGCUCGACUUUCUCGCCUGCUACAUCUUUCUUGACUCCGCCGAUGAAGUGGGAUUUGAGUUCUACUACGCUGGCCAGACGUCAAAUCAAAAGUUUUUAGCCAGAUCCCUGAAGAGCCAAUGGGACAUGUUCGUGGACUCGAAAUAGGGAUUUUCUAAAUUGGAGAACUCUGAAAAAGCCUGCCCGGAAGGGCUAAAUGUAUUCUAUAAUAUAUGAAGAGAAGCAGUGCAUUUA